UCAUAGGAAAACUAACGUUUCUUUUUCCAUUUCCUUUUCAAAAUGGGACCAUUUACUCGACUCGUCUCCUGCUGAAAUGUUAAUUCGUGUUGAAGCGUGCAGUUGAGUGGUGAAGUUUUGGAAAUUAUGCAGUGUGAAUUUAAAUUUAAUGCGAAGUUAUGUUUUUGCACUUUGAUUUUGGUUGUCCUUCUACAGAAUUUAGUUCAAGUCGUCAAUCCGGCGUCUCCUCCACCACCACCACCGGCACCUAAACCACCUCCAGGUCCGGCGCCUAAACCACCUUCAGGUCCAGUGCUUAAACCACUUACAGGGCUUAAUAAACAAUCUGCAGUGCUUAAACCACUUCCACUGAUGGAACCACCCCCAAAGCUUAAACCUCCUCCAGCGCCUAAAUCACCUCUGGUGCCUAAACCACAUCCAGUGGAUCCAAAACCUAUCGAAGGUCCGAAUAUUGUUAAUAUUCAAAAUAAAAAACAAUUUGAUGAUCGCGUUUUAGGUGCAAGUGGGAAAAAACCUGUAAUCACCCAGUUUCAUGCGCCGUGGUGUGCGCCCUGUAACUCGCUUGGCCCAAAUCUAGCAAAAGCCGUCAAUCCGCAUGAUGAUAAAAUUACAUUAGCCAGAGUAAAUAUAGUGCCGAAGGAAUUACAUAAUGUUGCCGUGUCACAAGGAGUUUUUAGUAUUCCGAUUGUUGCUUCUUACAAGGAUGGUAAAAUAGUUGAUAAAAUGAUAGGAGCACAUGAUGAGAAAGAAGUUAAAGCCUUUGUUAAUAAACAAGUUGAUAAGUUUGUUGAAAGGAAGCCAGCGCCGAAGCCUAAAUAGCCCAUCAUUUGCCCACCAUAUACGAUGACAACCAAAGCAAGGAUUGAUCGAGUUGAUUGUGUGAUUGAACAUCAGUACACAACGAUGACAAGAGUUUAUUUACUUAAUUUAAGAAAAAUCUUCAAUUUAUUUACCCGUUGUUUUGUUUUAACGGCUAUAUUGUAUAUACCUAGGCUAUAUAUACCUAGCUUAGCUCACAGCAGGUGGGCUUAUCCAAAUCAUUUGCAGAUCAUUUUAGCUAUAAUUUUAUGAUGACUGAUAACUUGAUGAGCUAUUUGUCUAGCUAGCUAAUUCUGCAGAAAGUGCUGAUAUCUAUUUUUGCAUUUUUUUUUCGAACUCGAGAACUUUUUCAUAAUUUAUUUUUUGUACUCAAUCUUUUUAAUUUUUUUGUUUUUAAUUAUAAAUCAAAAGCUCGUGUAACAAAAAAUGUCAAGUUUUUUCAUUUUUUGUGAUCCGUAAAUAAAUGUUAAGAGUGUCGAGCCUACAGCUUAAAAUGAUGUAGGUACUUAGGUAGGUAUUAAAAUUAUUAAAAAUAAAAAAUCUGAAUGAGUGGUUGCUAUACAGUGUAUCAUGAAUGAGGAAUAGAUUUAAAGCGUUAUAAGAAACAUUAAUUUGUAAGAUAAAUAUGAUAAGUAGGUAUUCAAUAUCUAUACCCUCAGGUAUAUAUGUAUAAACGUGUUUACGGUGUUCAAUUUUA